AUGCCCGACAUCCAGAGAUAUGACGGCACCACGGACCCACACGAGCACGUGACCUCAUAUACUUGCGCCAUAAAAGGCAAUGAUAUGGAAGAAGACGAAAUUGAGUCGGUAUUGCUAAAAAAAUUUGGGGAAACUCUGUCAAAAGGGGCAUUGACAUGGUACGACCAUCUACCCGAACAUUCGAUCACUUCAUUCGAAAUGCUAGCUGACGCCUUCGUAAAGGCGCAUGCCGGUGCCAUCAAGGUACAGGCCCGUAAGGCCGACAUCUUCCGGAUUACGCAAAGGGACGAUGAGUUGCUGAGGGAGUUCGUCACCCGGUUCCAAAGGGAACGGAUGGAAUUACCCCCGGUGCCGGAGGAAUGGGCAGCACAGGCUUUCACAAAAGGGCUCAAUAUGCUAAGCUCGGUAGCCUCGGCCAAGUUGAAGGAAAGCUUGCUAGAAUACGAGGCCAUAACAUGGGCCGAUGUCCACAAUCGGUAUGAGUCGAAGAUUCGGGUGGAGGAUGACCAGCUCGAGCUCUCCCCGGUAAGGUCAAAGAUGAGCAGAAGCACCGAGAAAUCGAGAAAGGGUUACGAAGCGAAGUUCGAAUCGACUAAAGAAAGGUUUCGGCCAUACUCGCACCCGGAGCGAUCAAAUUUCAGGGCAGAAAAACCAAGGCAGGGCCCGAGCCACCUCUCCGGUCGAGAUAGCAAAAUAGACACGCGCCCCCUAAACAGCCGGGGGCUCUCGUUCAGAAGCGAUACCGGGAGUUCGGCCGGCAACAAAGGUCCUCCGAGGAUAUCGGAGUACAACUUCAACGUUAGUACCUCGGAUCUUGUCUCGGCCAUCGGUCGAGUUUCGGAUGUGCGGUGGCCGAAGCCGCUGAGGACAGAUCCCGGGCAGCGGGAUCCGAGCACGGUUUGCGAAUACCACGGAACCCACGGUCACAGAACUGAGGAUUGCCGCCAGUUGAGGGAAGAGGUAGCCCGGUUGUUAAAAAAUGGUCACCUCCGAGAUCUAUUGAGCGAACGAGCCAGAAGCCAUUAUAAGGAAAGAGAAGUUCAUCAAAGGAACGAACCAGUCGAACACCAGCAUGUGAUCAACAUGAUAGUUGGGGGGAUUGACGUCCCUAGAUGUCCGGUAAUGAAACGGACUAAGAUUUCCAUCGUUCGGGAAAAACGUACCCGGGAUCAUUUAUCCGGAGCUUCCAUCUCCUUCGACGACGCGGACGAAGAAGGCGUCAUUCAACCACACAAUGACGCAUUGGUAAUUUCUGUACUUAUCUUUAAAACUAUGGUUAAACGUAUCUUAAUUGAUCCAGGUAGCUCAGCCAACAUAAUUCGAUGGAGAGUGGUCGAACAGUUAGGACUGCUCGAUCGAAUCGUACCGGCGACCGGGUACUCAGCGGGUUCAACAUGGCGAGCGAAACCACAAAAGGAGAGAUCUCAUUACCCGUGA